UGUGUCUGUGUUUAUAAAGUCCACACUAAACCAGGAACUACACACUCCGGAGUUGCUCAUACACAGAGAGUGUGUGUGCACACGCGUGAUUGUGUGUAUGAGUGUGUAAGUGUGUGAGAAAUGGAGGUUUCCAUGGUGACCCUGUUGGCAUCUCUGUGGAUGAAGACGUUGUUGAACUGGGUGGUGUUGGUGGUGCAGAAGGGUCAUGUGGGGCGGAGCUUCUGGAGCAUGUUCUGCGUGUCAGUGGCGUUGGGCGACACCCUCCUGGACCUGAGCGUCACCUGUGUGUUCCUGGCGCAGGACGUUCAGGUGUUCGGGCUGCACCUCACUAAGUACCACGUGUGUGUCCUGGUGCAGGCGGCGUGUUCUGUCCAGGGGGUUCUGCACUGGCCCGUCUUCAUCCUCUCUGGACUGGACGUCCUGUGGAGCAGGCGCCGUUCCUGUCCACGUUCCCCGCAAAUGCUGGUCCACACCACCGCUGUCUUCCUGCUGUGGACUCUGGCCGUGAUGUACAUCUUCACCGUCCCCGAUUCCCACCCGCUUAUGAGAGACGAGGACAAUCACGUCACCCUGCAGCGCUGUCAAGUAACGGGCGGGGCUCAGAGCCGGCAGGUGGCCUGGGCGUCGUUGUUAACGCUGGUGGGUGUGGCCUGCUACAUGCGCUCCUCUGUGAGGUCAACGAACACCGAACAGCUGAGGGAGUGUGUGUGUCACUUCCUGUCCACCUGGAGCUCCUUCCUGUUCCUGCUGCUCUUCAUCUUGGCGUCCGGGACAGAAGUUCCUCCGUACCUGGACAUGAACAGCGUGUGGCUGUGUUUCAUUCACAGUCUGCUCACUGCAGUGGCCCUGACGAGCUGCAGCUGCGUUUUCUGCACUCACACGCAGGACGACACGUGGAAGAGCUGCACAGGUCUCACACGCAUCUGCUUUUUGAGGGACAAAUCGGGUUUCACUGCGGAAACGCUUCCAGCACAGACACUUCACACUCGGAGACUCGCCUGA